UGCCAUUUAAAUGCUAUGCUGUAAAAAUUUUAAUGCCACGACUGUGAACUCAACAAAUUACAUGGGUUUGUUUAUUUUUUUUGUGAAAGAUGAUUUUUAUAUGACAACUGUCCAUACAUUUCACUAUUUCUGAAUCUGGAAACCACCCCUGACCACCCAUGGGCUAUAGCCAUUCUCUGAAAUCCAUGCUUUCGAGCUAUUUUUGCUGGAAUUUGCAUUUCCCAACUCCCCUCCACCUGGUCCAGCAGGAACAAUUAUCGUAAUGCUUCGGCAUGUUUACGCAGAUGCACAUAUCUGACGAAUCGCAGUCUAUAAUUAUAUAUUACUAUAUUAUUGUCAAAUAUUUUGUUGAAAACUGCAGAAAGAAUUUUUAAUGCCACUGAGAAUCAAAUUUAAUGAUUUUUAAUGCCAUUUAAGGCCUUAAGUUUCACAAAAUCAACUUAACGGCUAUUAAUACUUUUUAAUGCCUUGCAGGAACCCUGGAAAUGUGGUCUUCCAGGAGCACUACUAACCUUCAACAACAGUGCAACAAUACUUACGGAGACAUGGCGCCCUCUGCAGAACAAAGUGUAAACUACGGUGUCCUGGAAAAGACAAACAGCUACAGCACCACCUAGCGUUCUGUUUCAGUUACUGCCUUACAUUGGUGAACAGUAACUUCAGUUGUUACGAAGCUCACUGCGCAUUUCCGACAGCACUUGAAGGCACCAUGCAGACACGCGUGUUCAACAAAUGACCUUUGUUAUUUGCAAACAGCAGCAGACUGCAGAGCCUCGAGCAGGACAGCACAGAAAUGGGUGUGACUGAAGUCGAGGAAACGAAACUAAAGGGAAAUAACACCUCUGCUUCACCUGAUAAAGUCCACACUGAGGGCUGAUUACAGCAGUUUCAGGCGAUCCCAGCAAGUCAGAGGGUUUCCCCAUUAUAGUCCGUCUUUAUUUUGUUCCUGUAGGUAAACUUGUGGAGCUGAAAGCGCCGCACACAGAGAACAGAGAUGUCUGCUGUAAGAGAGGAACUACAACAGGCCUUGAGCCGCUACAGCACAGAUACCCUCACCUACAUUGACACGGUGAGAGAAUUCUGUCAGAUGUUCUCAAAAUGGAUUAUCUGGAGAGAGACGGAGUUAGAAAUGAUGAUGGACAUCAAAGGCAGGGCAGAAAAAAUCGACCUAAACAUCAGCCAUGUUACUGAGUCAGAGGACAAAGGUAAGGCCUUUGGGGAAUAUCUAAAGAGCAAGGUAACCCUGAAUGAUGACGAAAGGCGUGCAGAGCUAGAGAAGGAGCUCGAUGAAGUGUUGAAGGGCACUCUGGGAGGUCUGGAGAAGCUUGACUGUUUCCUGGAUGCAGUGGAGAAGCUGGCGGUCACCUCACUGCAUGUGUUCAUGGAGAACCAGGUGUUACACCUGCCUGAAGAGAUCAGCUUUGAAUAUGUUGAGGUGGUCAUCAGUGCUGCACAGCAGAUCUGCCCUCUCCUCCUGGAGUUUAAAAGAGACGCAAGCGUCUUCUUCCUUCCCAAACUUCAGAAUGUGGAAGUUCUGGUAUAUCAGCUGGACAGAUACAUACAGAUCACCAAAACCAUGUGUGAGAAGCUGAACAAAAGCUGCUUCAGUGACUUUUGCCUGAAAACAACUGUGGAAACUGUUGUGGAGCUCGAUGUGGAUUUGUCUGAAGAAGACCUACGAAGGAUGCUUGAUCACAUCAAUCAGCUUGAGGAAAUCAGGAGGAACCAGCCCUUCAGGAUGGUGUUCUUGUUCCAGGAAGUGUCCUGUUCAGACUUCGUCAGUCAGUUCGAAGAGCGAAAGCCAGGGAUGCUGGAGUUUCUACACCAGAUGGAGGAGAUUGCUGUUCAGCUGGACAGGAUGAAUAAGGGUGCAAAGAUCUCCAGUGUGGCAGGCAGCUCAGUGGGGGCAGUUGGAGGUGUGCUGUCCAUUGUUGGUUUGGCAUUGAUUCCUUUCACAGCCGGAGUUUCUUUGGCUCUGACAAUGACCGGAGUUGGGCUGGGAAUGACCAGUGCAGUCAACAGUGCUGUCACCACCUUCACAGAGAUGGGAGUAAAUGCUACGCAACAAAAGAAAGCUGGUGAAACCUUUGAGGGCUUCAUGAAGGAUGUGCAGAGUCUCCAGGAAUGUCUGGAGAAGGUGGUCAAUCAACCAGUUACCAAAAUGGAAGCAAAUGAAGUAGACAUGGUUGCGAGAGUAGGUGUGGCAUUUGGUAAAGUUGGUCUUAAUGUUGGUAAAGGCAUUGAUGCACUUGUUGAUAGUGCCUCUGCUCUGAAGGUGGUAAAAAUGGAAGAGGUUGCAGCAAGUGCUGGUAAGGUGGUGGCUCAGGAAGGGAAAGCCUUGCGUAACAUUCCCAGGGUGGCUGCAGAUAUCCCAGAUAUUGGUCAGGCAGCAGUCAAAGGGCCUCUUGCACUCACCAAGACUGCGAGGGCCGGUUUCAUCGCAGCCAACGCUCUCUUCCUUGGCAUGGAUAUCUUCUUCAUCUGCAAAGACAGCAUCAGUCUGUCUAAAGGCAGCGAGACUGAAGUCUCAAAGUUCAUCAGAGCCAGAGCUGCUCUGUGGAGCUCAGAGAUGGACUCAUGGAAGAAGAUCCAUGACUCUCUGCAUGAAGGCCAGCCGACAUCAGAGAAAAAGAAAAUUGUCCUGGAGACACCAUUUUAUCCAGAGAUGUAGACAGACAGCAGAACAGAGACAACAGUUCCCUCUGAUAAAAUGACUGAAACUGAAUACUUCCAAACACUCAUGCUCACUGUCUGGACCUGAGUACGAAUUAGCCACCGAACUACUAAUUCAUGAACUUUGAUUCUAUUUAUAAUGUGCUGAAAGCUAUAGAUUAAUUUUGUUGUAAAAUUUGCAAUGACAAUUAAAGGUACUCUGUAUUAUUCUGUUCUAUUUUGUUCGAAAACAAGACAGUUGAUGACAUCAUCUUGAGCCUUGGGAAGCAAUGAUUACCAUUUUUCACCAUUUACUGACAGUUUGAAGACCAAAUAACUAAACAGUCAUUCAAAUAACUAACCAACAGAUUAAUCAGCUGUAAAUAUUGUCAUUAUUUGCAGCCCUAUUACUCACACUAGUUCCCAGUUUAAAGAGCUUGUCAAAAGGACUUAGAUCUGUUCCUACUUUACCCACGGGAGGGCUCCAGAGACCAGAUCUCGUUGAACACUGUAGUCUCCUGAUGCAUUAAUGGAAUAUAUUGUGAGGGCCUGCCUUGUAACGUCCAUCUUCACACACUGGGACCAGGUUUUUGAGACCAUGUGCUUUAGACAAAUAAAUUUAAGCACUUAAAGCAUUUCUCCUGUGUAUAAUGGCAAUCAUUCCAACUUAAGUUUUAGUUUGAAAAGCUAAAGAUCAUUUAAAAUUCCUGUGGAUUUUUCAUCCAAAGUUGAUCAAGUAAUUUUUUGCAAACAAAUCAAACCUUUAAUGCAAAAUAUGGGUAGCAGAGCAACAAUGAAAAUACAUUUUAUUGUUGCUAUAGUUUGAUGAAUUUACUUGGAUAGAAUCAUCAGUGUUUAAGAAAUUAUAAAUAAACUAUGGAUGUCCUGCUUA